CUAUUAUUUCCUCACCACGCGCAGGCACCAACAGGGGAGGCGGAACUUAAAACAAGCCUUACAGCUCAGCUAUAGUCCAUUUACAAAUGCGGUUCAUCUCUCAGUGAGCAUUUUUCUUUUACUACAAACUACAAGAGAUAAUUGAGUGCGCGUGAUUAUCUUAGAGAUAAAAAAGAGAAGAGACCGAGGAGUCAAGAAAAGAAGAGGAUAGCGUUCAGAGUAAAGUAAAGAGGUGUAAAUAUAUAUAAUUAAAAGCGGAAUUAAUUCACAGCGUGGCACUCGACUCAACUGAUACCUGAGGGAGCAGACUGAGAGGACCACACACAGUGUAUCAUAACUGCUACUUAGAGCAUGGAGCCAGACCAAUCAGAGAUGAGCAUCUUAGGACACUCGCCCAAUGGGAAAGGUCACGACCUAGAAGAUGACGCGUAUGUGCCCAUGAAGACCAUGGCAGAGGAAUUAGACACAAAUGGUACUCAAAACGUCAGGUUUGAUGAUCCUGAUGCCAUCCUGGAGAAUGAGGAGUUUCUGCCCAACGGAGAUGGGAGGAAGCCCAUGCGCUUCACAGAUUUUGAGGGAAAGACGUCUUUCGGCAUGUCUGUGUUCAACCUGGGGAAUGCUAUCAUGGGCAGUGGAAUUCUGGGACUGGCUUAUGCCAUGGCCAACACUGGCAUCCUCCUCUUCCUGUUUCUUCUGACUGCUGUGGCAGCUCUGUCCUCCUACUCAAUUCACCUGCUGCUCAAAUCCUCUGGCAUUGUGGGAAUCCGAGCUUAUGAACAACUAGGCUAUAGAGCCUUUGGCACUACAGGCAAGAUGGCCGCCGGUAUCGCCAUCACACUACAGAACAUCGGAGCCAUGUCCAGCUACCUGUACAUCGUGAAGUCUGAGUUCCCAUUGGUCAUCCAGGCCUUCAGUAGAGCAGACCCCACGGCUGAUUUGUGGUACCUGAAUGGGAACUACCUGGUGAUCAUGGUUUCCAUUAGCGUCAUCCUUCCUUUGGCCCUGAUGAAGCAGCUGGGCUACCUGGGCUAUACCAGUGGUUUCUCCCUUAGCUGCAUGGUCUUCUUCCUCAGUGCGGUGAUCUAUAAGAAGUUCCAGAUCCCCUGUCCGUUUGAGGAGUUCUCUGCAGCCAAUCACACGGUCCCUCACCUGGACAUCCACCUGAACGUCACUGAUAACCACGCUCUCCAUGAUAACGGUCUGGUGCACGAGGUGGAUGACUCCCACUGUGGUGCAAAAAUGUUCACCAUGAACUCUCAGACAGCAUACACCAUCCCCAUCCUGGCCUUUGCCUUUGUGUGCCAUCCUGAGGUUCUGCCUAUCUACACUGAGCUCCGAAACCCUUCUCAGAGGAGGAUGCAGCAUGUCUCCAACCUCUCCAUCCUGGUGAUGUACACCAUGUACUUCCUGGCUGCUCUCUUCGGCUACCUGACCUUUUACGGUAAGACUGAGCCAGAGCUGCUACACACAUACAGCAGAAUCGACCCUUAUGACACGCUGAUCCUGUGCGUGCGAUUGGCUGUCCUCACCGCUGUCACACUGACUGUCCCCAUCGUGCUCUUCCCAGUGCGCAGGGCCUUGAACCAGAUGUUUUUCUCCAGUAAAUCGUUUAACUGGCUUCGUCAUGUGGCUAUCGCCAUCACCCUGCUCUCCUUAAUCAACAUUCUGGUCAUCUUCGCCCCCAACAUCCUGGGAAUCUUCGGCAUCAUCGCGGCUCUCUGUUUUGAUAAUAUCUCCACUGUGUCUGGCUUUAAAACACAACACUGUCAGGUGCCACAUCUGCCCCCUGUCUCAUCUUUAUCUUCCCUGCCGUCUUCUACAUCCGCAUUGUGCCUAAGGAGCAGGAACCCAUGUUUUCCACCCCCAAGAUACUGGCUGCCUGUUUCGCUGCUCUGGGCGUCGCCUUCAUGACCAUGAGUUUGAGCUUCAUCAUCAUUGAUUGGACAACAGGGAGCAGCAACUCUGGCGGUGGCCAUUAGAGGCCAUCCUCUGCUCUUCGCAUGCCGGGGUCAUCUGGGCUUUAAGGGGAUGCCUAGGUGUGUGUUUAGAACUGUUUUCAUGUAAUUGAUGCACUAUCCCCUCCGUGGUAGAGCAAGGGUCAAGGCUAGGCUUCAGUGAGGUUGGGGUUAGGGAGGGGGAGACAUAAUCAACCCGCUGGGCAAAACCAUGCUGAGCAUUUCAGUCCUCUUGAGACUAAAGACUCGGACAAAACAUUCUGUACUACUGUAAAGCAGUAGAGAACUUAUUUGAACAAAAUGUUUCAUAAUCACUGUAUGUAGGCCAUCACAGAGGAGUGCUUUUACAUGAAUCAUCAGGACUAAACAGGGUAUUUUUUUUAAAUCAUGCUGAUUAUUAUUAUUUAUCAGUGGGAUAGUGCAUCCAAGUCAAUCCAUAAUGGACAAUCCAGAAGAAAGAAACUCAUGCUGGUUCUCCCUCCUUCAUUCCCUCUCUCAUUCCUUCCAUCCUUCCAUCCUUAUCGCUUUCCAUCCACCUGUUUCUUUCUCCCUGACCCCUGUAUUCAUGUGAACUGCAGCUACAUGUACUGUAGUACUGUACAUAUGUAGAAAUGGUGGAAUCUAUAUGUAAAGAAGGCAAAGGAAGCACAUGACUACAUGAUAGGGAAGUGACUAUACAUUAUGUGUCAUAUGGUAUUUUUGUACUAUAGAAGAAAUGGUUACAUCUAUACGUUAGGUGAGUGCUGUAAAACAUACAGUCUGUGGUUCUCUUGGUAUUCCUGUCAAUCACUUUGUGCCUUCAGCACGCACGUUAACCAUCAAAGUUUACCACGCUUUUCCAAAUAUUCUAUUUGUGUGGGCAUACACAGAUUAAGUAUAUUUUUACAUGUUUUCUACCAGGAGUGCCAUUAGCCUGUGUUGUUUUAUCUGCCAAAGCUAAGGGUGUAUGUGGUUGUUGGGCUUAGUUCAGGCUUAUGUCCCAUGAUGCAUUAUGUUAUUGAACUCUUCCUGUGUCCCUGGUACCUACAGUACACUCAGAUGAUGGAAGAAUGACUCAACCAACCACACCAAUAGCCUAUACAGUGAAAUAGUAAUCUCUAUUUAUUUAACUAGAUAUAUCCCUGUUUUUUAAUUUCACAAGGUGUGCUAAUGGAGUAUUUAACUAUAUGAUCAGGUAUUUUGAUAGACUUUAUAGAUGGUAUGUACAGUCUGUAGUGUAUUGUAUGAUAUUGCAUAUUGGAGGGUUUAGGUGACAGUUGAAAGUGUAGGAGGCGAUCUUGAGGGCAAUGAGCUGAUUAAGAAGAAAAACAUAAACAGCCUUUUACAUUCAUGUUAGUUAGAUGAUCAACUGACAUCCUAGAUACAGUAUUGACAGAUUUUUUAUGAUCAAUUGUGCUUUUAUCAAUUUAAGAUUAAUGACUUAAACUUGCCUUUUUAACACUAAUAGCACAUAUUCAAUUAAUACUUAUAUUUCGACAAUGAAUUUGUAAACCCUUGUCUAAAUUCAGUACAGUUCAAAUGUACCCUGGGGUUUGGCUUACUGUUUUUGGCAUGACGAAAUAUGGAGGAAAAGUGUUUUGGUUAUGUGGUUGUGGCGUAAGGUCCGUCUAUGUUGUUGAACUAGUCUUUAUUGUGUUUUAACAUCUCUUUUCCACUUGUUUUGUGAUUGGUGGUUGAAGUUUUAGUGAAGGAAGCAAGAGUGUCACCAGUCUGGUGAUUGGCUGAUUUAUUCAUUGAUUAAUUUAGCACACUAAAUGAACUACUGUGAUAUUCCAGGCAUAGUAUGCUGAUAUCAGGACUCUAUUUCCAAAACGUGUGGCUAUAUGGCUGUAUCUCUUAAUGUAUCUGGUUUCUAAACGUAAGGUCUUGUGAUCAAGUACAGUUUUUAAUGCGUUGGCGAUGAAGUGAAGUGAGAUUGUUAGAUUUGAAUGUGAUUCGAAAGCCCCUUCUUUAGGCUUCUCAAUUUCAUAACGCAACAUUUGAUAAAUGGUUUUCAAAACAACACUGUGACAUCUGUUCUCUCAAAAAACUGGGAUAGCAUUGUAAUAACAUUGCUAUAACAUUGAUAAUUGUUGAAAAAAAACAUAAUAUAACUUAUUGAAUCCUGUUAUAGCUGAAAGAGUUGAAUCGACACAACCUGUGAAAAAUAAUUGAACCAAUGUAAAGGUUAGACUCACAAAGUGGUGGUUACUUUGUUAGUGGUGUUUGCUAAUCUCCAAUAUAUAUUUUGCCAAGUCCUACGUAUGUAAGACAAUUGUUAUUUUAUAUUUCAUUAUUCUUAUACACUGCUUCUGGUGUUGCUUUGUCUUUGUGCACAAUAAUUGAUUUACAUUUUUUAAUGAAGAAAAUAUUGUUGUGCAGUCUGUUUCUUUUACUCAACGGCUAAAAAGUUAUUGCAUGUCUCUGCCUCAAACCCAUAUUUCUCCUGGUCUUGCUGAGGCAGUGGUUGUGGUAUAAAGGAGGCAACACCUUGCCAUAGAUCAAGAACAGGCAACUCAAGUGUCUGCUGGUUGUCUCUGCUCCCUGGUACUUCAUUGAUGCAUAAUGGUCAUUGGGUUCUCAGGUCUCUAUCAGUCGCUGAGUUGAAUGAAUAAUACAACAAUAACCAGUAGACACUAUGGUCCAGCCUGUCCCUGCCAUAGACUGUGGUAUAUUACCUAAAUCCUUAGGCCUCUUCUGUCUGGGAAUGUGCCUACAGUAUACAGUAUCUAGCUACUACCAACUGCUUCUCUCUGAUAGCCCUUGCACUUCAACUUUAGAGCUUUGCUAUCACUGUUAGAAUGUCUGGGGCAACAUUCUCAACAUUUGGCAUCUUUCUCUUGUACCCAACCCAAACUAUGCAAGCCAGUUAACAUGUUGUUAUGCUCGUUUUAUCUUUGCAAUUUAUUUCUGAGGAAAUGACAGCACUAUGCGUGAAUAACAAUUUAUGUAUGAACUUUGGGCUUAUAAGGUGGCUUAUAUAAAUAAUGUAUAUAAAUGUAAACCCUUUAUAUUUGUGAUGCAUAUCUAGCUUUUAUAGUGUAAAUAGCAGGGACAGUUUCAGUCUGACAAUAAAACAAAUGUAAAAGUU